CAAAAUUCGUACAAGUUCCGUUAUGCUGUAAAACCUUAUUUACAAAUGAGCCGUAAUCGCUGCACCGAAGAUUAUAUAAAUGGUCGAAACUAUACGUACCAGCUCUCAGUAUACGUUAAAUAUUAUGCAACAAACCAACCACUGAACUACACCUUGACUGCAAUUUAUUUUGAUAAUUCGGCUGUGAUAAUAAUACUGCGCUAAGAUAAUGUCUAAGAAAUUCGUCAUCGCUCUCUACUUUUUAACAUUCACAUACCAAUCUCAACGGAAAGUCGAUGCAGCCCCGUUCGACAAUGAUGAUGGCAAUGCCAUUAUUAUAAUUCCAUUUAAGGCUUCUACCCAACAAGUAGUUAAAAUUAAGAGUUUUAAGAUCGAUGGUCAAACCGCUGUUAAAGAAUUAAUCACACGCGUAUCGGCCGAGAAAAUUCUUCGAACAUUGUCAAAUGUUCCGGAAUUCGACAUUCUCGUUGAAGGGUUGGAUGCAAUAACACUGGGUGAUAUCUAUAAAGCUGCAUUUCCGAGUGGAAUUCUUCAAUCGAUCAGUGAACACUUCCUGCGGUCACCAUUGUUGAUUGAUAAUGAUGUGGGCCUUGUGAAGCCGGAAACUGUGGAAACAACUAAAACAAUAGAAAUUCUAUCUGGUGAUGAGAAAGUAGACGAGGGUAUCGCCAGCGAAACUGAAAUUCCGCACGACGAAGUUCACGAAGACGAUUUUGAAGACAACGAUGAAGAGUUGAAGGAAGAACCAAUAACUGACGAUUACGUGUACGAUCAGCCUAUUGAAGAUAGAUUUUAUGGAGAACGGGAAUACGUCACCAGAGAAGAUGCUGAAAGCGAAAAGAAAGUUGAGAAUGAAGAUACUAGAGAUUCAAAAAACUUAAAUUUAGAGAAACGUCCUAAUGAGGCGGUCGCUGACGAGAAGGUGAGAAAGAAUGAAGUGUCGCUGUAUGGAGCACAGUUUCGUAAUUGGAUAACGAAAUUUUUAACCGGUUAGCAUUAUUAGCAAUUUUGUAUUUUGUAUUUCCCUGUUAUACUAAACUGUAUUCAAAAGUAUACCAAAUAAAAUAUGAAGUAAAGUGAUUG